AUGGUUAAGCAGUUCCGGGAGCAAUGGAGUACAGUAGACUCCCGCUUAAAUACGCCAAUUGAUCCGAGAGUAUUGUCUACCAGAGGCAGAGGGAAGCGUCUUAACGAGUUUCAGAGGUCUGAGAUCAUUGCUAAGUUAGCAAAUCAAACCCUCCGAGUAAACGAGGUUUGGCGAGAGAAUAUGGCGUCAGCGAUGACGUAUCGAGCAUCUGUUGGUCGAUUUUCGCAAGUCGAAGAUAAGCUCUACAUUUGGAUCGAUAGCAUGCUCCGCGCCAAUUUGCCGGUUCCGCCAUCGUUGGCAAUCGUCAAAGCAAAGCAAAUUGCUAAAGAGCUAGGUCAUCUGAGACUGACUUUAAAGCCUCUUGUCAAUGGUUAA